AUGAUUGAUUCUCGGUGCAUUUCAAUUGAAGACCUAAGUUACCCAGCACCUGGACCAGGGCCGGGCACGUCAGGGGUAGACGCGUUGGGAAGUCAAGAAACCUGUCUCAAGUUCCCCAAAUUGAGCGCCAACCACAGAAAAGCCAGCCCAUCCAGGUCUGUGGUCAGCAGGAGGACCCCCUCGGCAGCAGGCGAGCGCCAUCCCAGCGGCCCUGGUCUCCGCUACCCAGAGGCGGAUGAGCAUGCUCAGUUGACAGGACGCGGUGGCUGGGCGGGGGGAGAGCCUCGCACCGCCUGCUCGCACGCGGGCAAUCCGUUGCCUUGGCAACCGUCGCACCGCGUCUUCCUGAGGGAGCUCAGUCAGCCCGCGGAUCCCGUCGCCCGCUCCCCACUGCCCCCCGAUUUUCGCGUGGGCUUAGAGGCGGAGGGACAACAAAAAAUGGCGGAGCGGAGCCAGACGGUGCCUGAGGCAGGCAAUGAUAUGGGAAAUGAUGAUGCCAUCGGAGGGAAUGUGAGCAAAUAUAUGGUGUUUCCGUCUGGAUACUGUGGACAGUCCAAGAAAGGACAUCUUAUCUUUGAUGCUUGCUUUGAAAGUGGUAACCUUGGACGGGUAGACCAGGUUUCUGAAUUUGAGUAUGACUUAUUCAUUAGGCCGGAUACCUGUAAUCCACGCUUCCGAGUCUGGUUCAACUUUACUGUUGAAAAUGUGAAAGAAUCACAGAGAGUCAUUUUCAAUAUUGUUAACUUCAGUAAAACCAAGAGUCUUUAUAGAGAUGGAAUGGCUCCUAUGGUGAAAUCUACAAGCAGACCCAAAUGUUUUUGUUUCCAUAAGCACGUUUUCACACAGCAGCAAUCAAGUAUGUAUACCCAUUUAUAUUCUGUUCUUUUCAUUUAA